AUGCGCCCAGUCAGAGCUUCGGAAAACCGACGUAUUGUAUUUUGCAAAUUGGUCGCAGUCUUUCCUGUUGUGAGGCAUCGUUAUUUUCAUGAUCCCAUUGUUAAUGGUUUGUGCUGUUUAACAGAGGGUCGUUCACUCACCCAUACCAACUCCGGAACUAAUCAGCUGCCCCGUGCUCCGCGGCGAUGCUGUCGUUUGGUCCGCACUCCGCCGCUCCACCAAACGGGUCGCCCUAACAACAAUAAUCCGACGGUAAUGUGUCGGAUACUCCAUGUGCCGUGUCGAAUGUUGGACCGCCAAANAGCGUCACAACUUACGAUCGCCGACGGGAUGACUACGAUCGAGGAUCCGAAGUCCUGCCCCAUCGUAUCAAAUGCUGGAAGCAGAACGGGACAUCUGUGCACCACCGGAGUUUCUUGUGUUUGGCACGACAUGAGCGCUCCGUCGCGACCACGAGUUAAUUGGUUGGCUUUGUGCAGGAUCCGAGAUGAACGAACCUGUUCCCGACGCGGCGCGGCGCCCUUUUCCGAAUCCAGCCCUCCUGUCUUUACUGGCUCCAAGUCCCAAACAACAGGAAGAAACCGCCGUCGCCCAUCUCGAAACCUCAGCCCUGGGCAACUAAGCAAAAGAAGAAGAAGAGCUUCAAGACCCUUCAGGAUGCCAAUUCGGAAUAUGGUAUGA